ACUUGGGAUUUCUAAAAAGUCUUCAUAUCUGGAAUCAAACAUGUAGGCGCCCACUUUCCAGAGGCAAUGAAACUGUUCAUACAGAAAGGAGGGAUGUUUAGACAAGGAGGUCCACGGUCUCAUGGAAUCUGGAAACAAUCAGGAGAGGGAAGUUGAGUAAUGACGGGGAAGUUGCUGUUCUGCAGCCAGGAAAGCCAUGCCUUGAGAGAACGCUGGAGGACGUGGACUUGUUCACAGCCGAUUGUUCAAAGAAGACAGUUGGUUACGGGACAGAAGUGCCUGCCCUGGAGCUAUGGUCCACGCCUUCCUCAUCCACAACUUGCGGGCUCCGCAGGCCCAGGACACGGGCCUUUGCCGAGUGCUCUACUCCUGCGUCUUUGGUGCCGAGAAUUCACCUGAUGACCCACGGCCACAUGGUGCUGAGAGGGACAGGCUCCUUCGAAAGGAGCAGAUUUUGGCUGUGGCCAGGCAGGUGGAAUCCAUGUGCCAGCUUCAGCAGCAGGCAUCUGGCCGGACCUCCGUGGACCCGCAGCUUCAGUCCUCAGAUGAGCCAGUGCCCCUGCAUGAGGCCCCACAUGGGGCCUUCCGCCUGGCCGCAGGGGACCCUUUCCAGGAGCCUCGGACAGUGGUGUGGCUGGGUGUGCUCUCAUUAGGCUUCGCCCUGGUGCUGGAUGCCCAUGAGAACCUGCUGCUGGCUGAGAGCACACUCCGGCUGCUGGCACGCCUCCUUCUGGAUCACCUCCGGCUGCUUACCCCCAGCACCAACCUCUUGCUUAGGGCUGAUCGCAUCGAGGGCAUCCUUGCCCGCUUCCUACCCCAUGGUCAACUGCUCUUCCUCAAUGACCAGUUUGUCCAGGGUCUGGAGAAGGAACUCAGUGCUUCCUGGCCCCGCUGACCCCUCACUGGGAUGGGGCUUCCUCAGGGGCAGGGAGGGAGGACAGGGAUGGAUGGACACACAGCCAGGUGAAUCUUGGCAUUGGCCUCCUUCCCAGCCUGCUCCCAGCUCUGCUGUGCUACCACAUCCAGGACAAGUGGACGGGACAAGCUGGCAGAAAAGAGGGCUGGGCAAAGGGUGGUGAGGAGGAAUCCCAGGACAUCCUGUGCCUAGAGCUGCCAUGUGACUCAUUUAGACUGCAUAGUGGACCAGUCUCACCUGUCCUUGACCCCAGUUUCUCCCAUCCCCGGCAGCCAGCCCCCAAAACAGUCCACCAGUUGCUAGUGUUGGAGCAUGAGGAGUGGAACUCAGCCCACUUUCUCCUUCCAAACCCACAGUCCUCACAGUGCAAAAGGAACCUGAGACUCCCAGGGUGGGGGAGCUGGUUGCUGUAUUUGCACCCACUUAGGCAACAUUAUCAACAAGGAUUUUGUCAGUGAGGACCUGCUCAGUGUCCAGCCCCACCACAGUUCACAAAUGUGUCUGUCGUUCAUUCAGCAGGGGGAUUCUGUAGCUCUCUUUGGGCCCAUCCCUUGCCCACCAGGCAACCUCAAGAUAAUGCUAGGUUUCCUUUGUCUUCAGGGAGAGAAGAUACCAUCAGAUGGGUGCAAAAAGUCUAGCCAGGAUGAAGUUGUCUUUCUUGUUUUGAAUUAAAAGCACUGAUUGUGUGAUUUCA